AUGUCAAACAGAACAUCUAAAGUUGUUAUAUUACUACUCGUCACUGUGCUCAUCCUUGGACCAGCUGCAUACGCGUUUCCUGCGACCAACACUUAUUCUUCAGACAAUGCCAAUGUUCCAACAAGUACAUAUAGCGACUAUAGCCAGGCUACCCCGACUUACGAUUCUGGAUGUGCAUGUGUUAAUAUCGGCUCUAUAAAAGAUCAACCAACCAAUUACGUUCCAGAAGCAGUCAAAGUUCCCGAUGAAUAUAAAUUCAAAUUCUUGCUUUACGCAUCUGGAUAUCAACACUAUCAAUGCAAGGUUGGAGCACAGGGACAACCAGGAAAUUGGACGUUUGUUGGACCUGUCGCAUAUUUAAUAAACGACAUCCGUUAUAAUUCGUUUGAAAAUGUUUGUGAUCGAGUUGUUUUUCACCAUUUAGAGAAAAUCGAUAACAUUAGUGGAGUGGCAUGGGGUGGUAUAAUUCCAACAGACCAAUCUAUGGUUGUCGCCAACCCGGUCAUGACUUUCCCUUCUCCUGAUGGAGAGAACAAUAUUCCGUGGUUGCUGGCCAAAGCUAAUUACAACUCUGGUGUUGGCGUAUUCAGUGAUGUCACAUACAUCUACCGCACCGAGACAUACGGAGGUAAAGCCCCACCGAAUGAGAAAUGUGGCACCGAGUUUUCUGAUGGUUACGAGUAUGCUAGCCCAUACGAGGCUCAGUAUUGGUAUUAUCAUUAG